AUGCCUGGCAGCCUCAGGUCAAAGGCAGGCAGAGACAACGUCAUCUAUGCCCACCCCUAUAUCAUGGCCUGCCAUCAGGAGGAAGGGUUCUUGGUAGAGUUUUCGGUUCAAGAUCCGAAUACGGAGGAGAUUUGGUGGAGAAUCAAGCCCAAGGCUAGUGAACUCCGUUAUGCCGGAAGGCUGGGCGGAAGAGGGGGGGUUUGUGAACGCUUUCACCACAGAUGUUCCAGCGAACGUUUUGACCCUUUUACCAAGCAGGUUGAAACGCCAAGUGCCCCUCUCACACGCGAGAUUGUGGACUAUGGAUAG